AUGGCGCUAUCAUCUUCAUCAUCACCAUGUUCAUGCUUUUCACCUCCUACAACACUUCUUCCUCGUCCCCGCCUUUUCACUACUCAAUUCCACCGAAACAUCAAACCCUACAUCCAUUUCCGGCGAACAAUCACCGCCACCGCCACUGUAUCCACUACAUCUUCCACUCCGCCACUCCACCCUACCACCACCAGAGAAGGACUCGACGCCGCUAACAUCGCCGAAGAUGUCACUCAGUUGAUUGGGAAUACACCUAUGAUAUAUCUGAACAAAGUUACAGAAGGAUGCGUAGCAAACGUUGCUGCAAAACUUGAAUCCAUGUUGCCUUGCAGAAGUGUCAAGGAUAGAAUUGGCUAUAGCAUGUUAGCUGACGCCGAAGAGAAUGGAGCAAUUACACCGGGAAAGACUGUUUUAGUUGAACCAACAACUGGAAAUACCGGACUUGGCCUAGCUUUUGUUGCAGCAACUAAGGGCUAUAAACUGAUAGUCACAAUGCCUGCCUCCAUUAAUAUUGAGAGGAGAAUUCUUUUACGCACGUUUGGUGCAGAGGUUGUGUUGACUGAUGCAGAGAAGGGGCUGAAAGGGGCUAUUGACAAAGCUGAAGAAAUUGUCAAUGCCACUUCCAAUGCUUACAUGUUUCGACAGUUUGAUAAUAGUAAUAAUACAAAGAUCCACUUCGAAACUACAGGGCCGGAGAUAUGGGAGGAUACCAUGGGUACUGUUGAUGUAUUGGUUGCUUCUAUUGGAACUGGAGGUACUGUUACAGGCACAGGACGUUAUCUGAAAAUGAUGAACAAAAAUAUAAAGGUGGUUGGGGUGGAACCUGCAGACAGAAGUAUAAUCUCAGGAGACAAUCCAGAGUUUGUUGCAGGUUUCAUACCAAGCAUUUUGGAUGUCAAACUACUUGAUGAGGUUGUCAAGGUUACCAAUGUUGAAGCUAUUGAAAUGGCAAGGAGAUUAGCAUUGGAAGAAGGAUUACUGGUUGGGAUUUCUUCAGGAGCUGCAGCAGCAGCUGCCAUAACUUUAGCAAGACGGCCUGAAAAUUCUGGAAAACUUAUAGCGGUUAUUUUUCCUAGUUUUGGUGAGAGGUAUCUUACUACUGAACUCUUCAAUUCCAUCUAUGAAGAGGUUAAGAAAAUGUAA